AUGGAGCCAACUACAGCAGAACCCGAAUCAUUUUGCCCCAGUUUGUGGGAUGUUCUCAAAACCCGGCAUGUUCUGCAGUGGAAGGUCGUGCCAGGUGGAAUGCCGGCUGAGAUUGUGGAUUUGAUAGUCGAUGCGGCGGAAUACUGGCCAUCCAGUGUGGUGACGAUGCAGGGCAGCACGAUAAUCAGAAACGAUAGGGAUCGAGUGAUACUGAAGACAGACCCGUUGUGUUAUAGCCCCAAGACACUGUCAACCUCAUCGCCCACAACUGUCCCCCACAGAACCAUUCACCCCUGUCGGAAAAUUAUUUUCUCUAUUUCAGCUCAUGAUCAAGGCUGGGGUGGCCAUGGUGAUGGCGAAAGCAUAUUCAAUGGCUCAUUUACCUGGUUUGAUACAGAGAUAAUCCCUUUCACGCCUUUUUCAGACCAAAGACUUGAAGACACAAACGUACCUGAACGACAACACUUUGGACCCGAUCAUCCGAAUCUCUUGCCUCGUGAAGACAAAUUGCAGUCCAACCCAAUAGCGAAUGACGAGACGCAGCAUUAUACUAUUACCUGGCAUCAUCUUGACAACAUCCAGCCCGAUUCAGAUGAGGCCGAGGAGAUUAAACUCUCCCAGGGCAGAGGUCGCGCCACACUUGACGGCAGCCAAGUACGAGGACUGGAGAUUGGACAGUCGAUUGCCUUGUGGGCACGAGCGAGAUUUGGGGGAUGGGCGAACCAUGUGGAUGGAGCGUCUAUCCGGGUGUUUUGGAGUGUAUAA